AUGAUACCGAGCAUCGCUGGGCAUAUUGCGAGAAUCUCGUUUCGUUUUGGACUGGUUGUCGAUCAAGUUUGUCGAUCGUUGGAGAUCUCUCAAGAUGAGAUAAAUGCCAACGGCGCCUGGGUAUAUUGUGUGCACGGGAUGGGUGAGCAAGACGCACGCGAUGCAGUAAAUCAGUUCAAUGAGAACAAAGCGUAUGCAUCAACCAGUCGCGCGUCUGUUUUCAACGUCGAUAACGCCGGAAGCUCGGUCAGCAUAGGUGGACCACCCAGCACACUGAAGGCGCUUUUUGCUGAGUGCGAUGGUUUCAAAAACACGACCAAUGUGGCAAUGAGGAAAAUACAGGGUAUGUGGCAUACCGACAACGUGUAUGGGGCGGAGCACGUGAGGCAAGUUCUCCCAAUGAUCGAAUCCACACGGGAGUUGUACAUCCCGUUAAUAUCUCCCGUGAGCGGAGAGCCGUUCCGGAAGACAGAAGCUGGGCCCCUGCUGGAACAGAUCAUGGAAGAGAUAUUGACCGAGCGGGUACGAUGGGACAUGGUCAUUGACGUUGUCACCAACCAACUGAAGCAGCUGAUGCCCGAAUCAGCUCAACUGGUCAGCAUACUGCCAUCACACUAUAAUCAGAACAUGGUGGAACGCUGGCAGAUUGAACUGCCUAAAGCGGCGGUGUCAGACCUUGCCAUGACACCAGCUGUAUUGGAUCUCGUUCUUGGAAAUUGUCCACCAAAAGACACAAAAUCGUCGAAGAUUGCUGUCGUAGGAAUGGCAUGUCGCUUCCCAGGAGCAGAUACGACCGAAGAAUUAUGGGAGCGGUUGAUGCAGGGCCAAGAUAUGCACCGGCAUGUUCCUCCUGAUAGAUUUGACGUCCAAACACAUGUUGAUCCCACGGGAAAAGCACAUAACACGUCAAAGACUUCUUAUGGCUGCUUCGUUGAUAAUCCAGGGCAGUUUGAAGCUAUGUUCUUCGGCAUGUCACCCAGAGAGGCUGAACAAACGGACCCAAUGCAGCGCCUGGCAUUGGUGACGGCAUAUGAGGCUCUGGAAAACGCAGGCUAUGUCGACGGUCGAGGCGUCACCCAUCGCCAGCGUGUAGGCACAUUUUACGGCCAAGCCAGUGAUGACUAUCGCGAAGUCAACUCUGGGCAGGAAGUAGGUACUUAUUUUAUUCCAGGUGGAUGCAGAGCAUUUGGUCCAGGGCGUAUCAACUACUUUCUCAAUUUCUGGGGCCCAAGCUUUAGUGUUGACACGGCGUGCUCAUCGAGUUUGGCAGCUAUUCAAGCCGCGUGUUCGUCACUGUGGAGUGGAGAUGUUGACAUGGCCAUUACUGGAGGAAUGAAUAUUCUCACUAACUCUGAUGUUUAUGCUGGGCUCAGCCAAGGCCACUUUCUCUCUCCUACAGGGGGUUGUAAGACAUGGGAUGAGGGAGCCGACGGAUACUGUAGAUCAGAUGGAGUCGGAAGCGUGGUUUUGAAAAGGCUUGAAGAUGCGGAAGCCGACAACGACAACGUCAUCGCGGUAGUCCUUUCGGCAGCUACUUCUCAUUCGGCGGAAGCUGUUUCAAUCACGCAUCCUCACGACGCAGCCCAGGCACUAUUGUACAACCAAAUUGUGCGACGAGCGGGUAUUGACCCCCUAGAGGUAGGUUAUGUGGAAAUGCACGGCACAGGGACGCAGGCCGGCGAUCCUACUGAGAUGAGAUCUGUGACCAGUGUUUUCGCGCCUUCCCGUCUUCGUGGCAACAGGCCCAUACCCCUGCACGUGGGCUCAGUCAAAGCCAAUAUGGGUCAUGGAGAGGCUGCUGCGGGAAUCAUGGCUUUCAUAAAGACCAUGCUAGUCUUCCAGAAUGGCAUCAUUCCGCCUCACAUCGGCGUGAAGACAGGCUUAAAUCCUGCUUUACCAGAUUUGGACAAUAUGGGCGUCGUGAUUCCAUUUAAAGCAGCCAAUUGGGGCCCUGCUGGUACGCAUAGGAGGCUUGCCAUGGUCAAUAAUUUUGGCGCUGCUGGAGGUAACACGGCCAUGAUUAUCGAAGAGGCCAGCACGAGGCCACGGGCAUUUAAGGACGCACGAGAAUUUCACGCUAUUACUGUUUCUGCAAAGACAGCUCAGUCUCUCAGCUUGAACAUCAAGCGCCUUGUUGAGUAUAUUGAGGUUUCGCAAGACUUAUCCGUUGCCGACGUUGCCUACACACUCUCGGCCAGGAGGCGUCACUACGCAUACCGGAAAUCCGUUAUAGUGAAAUCCUUAGCCGAGGCUGUCAAACAGCUUCAACCACACGUCGAAACUGCGAUUGCUCAGACUCCGACCUUGGUGAAACAACCCCCGGUCGCUUUUGUUUUUGGUGGUCAAGGCACUUUCUAUGUGGGAAUAGCAGCUGAGAUCUAUCGGGACUCACCCUUCUUCCGCGGCCAACUUGAUCAGUUUGACAGUCUUGCACGUCGGCAGAACUUCCCAUCCUUCCUACCUGCCAUUGAUAGAAUGAGUGUUCGUGAAGAUCUGCCAGCCUCCACCGUACAUCUCGCGAUCGUGUGUGCUGAGAUUGCGCUUGCUCGACUUUGCAUAACAUUUGGUAUUAAGCCAUGUGCCGUCAUUGGACAUAGCCUGGGUGAAUAUGCCGCACUGGCCGUUGCUGGUGUACUAUCAGACAGUGAUACAGUUUUCCUAGUUGGCACGCGAGCAGCCAUUCUGGAGUCCAACUGCUCAUCAUACACCCAUGGCAUGGUCUCCGUUCGCGCAUCAGUGGCAGAUAUUGCGCGGGAAGCCGAUGGCUUGCCAUUCGAAGUAGCUUGUAUCAACGGUCCGAAUGAGACUGUUAUUGGCGGUACCAUUCAGAAUCUGGAUGCCUGUUCAGCUCGUCUGUCCAAAGCAGGGUUUCGAACAACGCGUGUAGAUGUGCCACAUGCAUAUCACACGGCUCAGAUGGACAAUGUCGUCAAUGACCUCAGUCGCCAAACCCAGGACGUUGUUUACAACGCCCCCAGAAUUCCCAUUAUCUCUCCACGAGACUCAAAUGUCAUAGAGACAGGGGCUAACAUUGACUCAUCGUACUUGACAACUUCCCUCAGAAAGACGGUGGACUUCGCUGGUGCUCUCAACGUGGCGUGCGAAGCUGGUGUUGUGUCAAAAUCUACCGUUUGGGUUGAGUUGGGCCCUCAUCCAGUAUGCAACGGUUUCAUCAGUCGUACACUCGCCGAGACUCGCCUCACAUGCUCGCCUUUACGACGAGAUAGCGAAAGUUGGACAUCCUUGGUAAAGAUGCUGAACAGUCUAUACGAGAUUGGUCUUAACAUCGACUGGAAUGAGUACCAUCGUCCUUUUGAGCACGCACUUCGACUUGUUUCCGUACCGACGUAUGCUUGGAACAACAAGAACUAUUGGAUACAGUACCGGGGAGAUUGGAAUUUGACCAAGGGUCUGGCUUUACCAGAACCAGCAUCUCCUGUUGCUCGCGGGUUUCGAACAUCAAGUAUUCAACGACUUUACUCCGAGAAUUACGACUUAUUGACAGGACAGGUUUUGGGCGAAUGCAAUAUGACCGAUGCAUCACUCAAAGAGAUAAUAAAUGGACAUGCCAUGAAUGGCUAUGGUGUUGCUUCUUCGUUUCUUCACGCCGACAUGGCAUUUACGCUGGCCCAAAGAGUCCAAGAAAAAGCUUUUUCGUCGAAAUUUAGUGGAAUGGGCAUCAACGUGGCGAAUUUUGAGUAUCACGAUCCAGUGGUGCCAGAUUCAAGCUCUCUCGAUCCACAUCCUAUUCUUGUCCAAGCUGAGGCCAACGCCGAGAAAGGAGAAGUUCGCAUUAAGUGGUUCAACCCGGCUAAUGACAAAUGGUACUGCCAUGCUACAGCCUUUUACGAAGACGCUUCGGCCUGGCUGUCCAAUUGGGUUCGAACUACCAAACUUGUUACCAGUCGCAUUGAUGCACUCAAUCUUAUGUCACUCGAUGGUACGGCCAGCAAACUCACCACCGAUCUAGCGUACGCCCUCUUUGGUAAGCUGGUGGAUUACUCUAACACGUAUCGCACCAUGCAAUGGGUCAUACUCAACGAAGAUGAAGCCGUGGCCGAGGUUAUUUUCCCCGCAGACACCCAAGGGGAUUGGGCUGUACCACCACAUUUUAUUGAUGGUCUCGUAUCACUGUCUGGUUUUAUUCUGAAUGGGGGUACACACUUUGACAACACCAGCAACUUCUUCAUCACGCCGUCAUGGAAGUCUAUGCGUUUCGCUAAGCCGUUGGUCCCUGGCGAUCGAUAUCUUGCAUACGUGAGGAUGGUGCCAGAGGCUAAUGAAAAUAACGGUAAACUCGGCUCUUACGUCGGUGACGUCUAUAUUUUACAGGACAGUCAAAUCGUGGGCGUGGUGGAAGCGAUUUUGUUUAGGCAGUGGCCGAGAGUAAUGCUGAAUCGGUUCUUUCGCCCAGCAAACGCGGCUGCUCCUACUCCCGCUACCAAGACAAAGCCGUCGGGUCCAAUUCCAGUACCAUCUACAAGUUUCCUACAGGAAAGAGCAAUGGCGAUGGUGAUGGCGGCGAAUAUGAAUGGAGGACAUGCUGCAUCCGCUUCAACUCCCCCAACUUCUGGACCGAUCAAUCAGUCUGUUGAUCUUCCAAAGACUAUGCCUCAUUCCAAUUACAAUCUUCUACCGCCCAGAGGUGCGCCACCUCCGAAUGAAUUGGUAGAAAAGACCGACAGCGACAGCGGCUAUGAGGAAGCUGUUGAUACCGAUGAUGCUGCAUCACGCGCUCUAAACAUAUUGGCUGAAGAGCUUGCGGUCGAUAUAGGCUUACUGACUGACGAGUGUGAAAUUGCGGAUAUUGGUCUCGACUCGCUCAUGUCGCUCGUUAUCUCACAGAAGCUGCGCGAGAAUAUUGGCAUUGAGAUACGUGAUGCAUUCUACCUUGAAGUGACAACGAUUGGUGAUCUGAAAAAGUUGGUUUCCUAG